CUUUCCUUUCAUUAUUUUUCUCUUCUUAUUGCUCCAUUCUCGUCCAUAAAUGCCACCCUCUGCUAAGCUACAAUUCCCUUUUCCCCUUCUUCUCUUCUUCCUCACUAAGCUCUGCCGAGGUUCUGCUGCUCUGUCAUAGCUUUCCUCCCUGUUCUUCUCCUGCUUCUGGUGCCCAUAGCUCGGCACUGGAAGCCAAGUUCUUGCUGCUGUUCUUCCGCUGGUUCUUGUGUGAAGCUCCCUCUUUGGGAGCUCCUUUGGCUGCUACAAUUCCUUUUUCCCCUUCUUCUCUUCUUCCUCGCUAAGCUCUACCGAGGUUCUGUUGCUCUUUCAUAGCUUUCCUCCCUGUUCUUCUCCUGCUUCUGGUGCCCAUAACUCGGCACUGGAAGCCAAGUUCUUGCUGCUGUUCUUCCGCUGGUUCUUGUGAGAAGCUCACUCUUUGGGAGCUCCUUUGGCUGCUUUCUUCCUGUUGGACACUUUUCUUUCAUUCCUGUUAUUUACCAGGAAAGCUCCGUCCAAUUUUCUCAAGGCACUCUGAUUCUGUAUUCAGAACAAAGAAAUCAUCAUCACCAAGCUUUGCACCCAAGAAAAAAAGGGAGGUCGACUCUUCUAUCUCUGUCCCAAGGUCUGAGCGUUGUGUACUAAACCUUGUUCUUCUUCCGGUCACAUGCAGCGUCUCUACCUUUUGAUGUUUCUGAUUGAUGCUGCCUAUCCGAAGUGAACUCCUCCCGUCCGAGUGUAUGAUAAAUCCCACUCUUCAGCGCAUGAGCCAUCUUGUUCAAUCCUUCUCCGUGGUCUUUCUCUACUGGUUCUAUGUUUUCCAUGAGCUUCGUGCCGAAAACUGAGCAGUGCAAUAUCUCCACCUUCUUACAUAUAAGUCUCCUAGUCUUCUUGCCUUUGUCUCGUGAUCAAUAACUGCAUCUUUCGUGUUUGCAUCGUCUUUCUUGAGAGGAAACCCAACAGAUCUCUUCAAAAACACCAAGUUCUAAUGGCUUCUCCCAGUGGGGCUUCCUCUGGCUCCAGCAUGUUCCACAGCUCCGGUUCAUCAGAAGACCUGCAAGCGGCGAUGGACGAGAAGAAGAGGAAGAGAAUGAUAUCGAACCGUGAGUCCGCGAGACGGUCGAGGUUACGGAAGCAGAAGCACCUGGAUGAUCUGAUGGCGCAGGCGAACCAGCUGAGGAAGGAGAACAGCCGCGUCCUUUCGGUGUUGAACCUCACCACGCGGCACUGUGCUGCCGCGCAGGCUGAGAACUCCGUGCUGAGGGCGCAGACGAUGGAGCUCAGCAACCGGCUACAGUCCCUCAAUGAGAUGCUUGACAUCUUCAAUGGAAACAGCAUCAGCAGCAGCAGCAGCAGUUUCUUCAUGGGUGAUGGAUUUCAUGCCAUCGAUAACUCGAUCAGUCCAUGGAUCCAAAGUUAUACGACUCAGCCUAUCAUGGCUGCAGCAGAGCACAUGUUUCACCACUGACAGAUCCGAUGCCACUGAUGCAGCCAUAAUAGCCAUUGGAUUACUCUCCCCUUUGCAUGGAAGAAGUUGAAGAACGUGUUUAUGUCAUAUAUAUUAAGAAUCCUAAGACCAUGAAGCUUCUUAAUGUUUCUAAAGAGGAAUUCACUUCCCAGCUUCUGGUUGUACAUCUAGUCUAUCAUCUACAUUUGUAUCCCCAGAGAAGUGAAUAUAUAUGGUUCUCUCUC